ACAGCUGAAACUGGAAAGGGGACGACAACAAAAAACAAAUGCAUUAGACAUAGCGGACGGUUUGUGUUGCGUUACAAGUGCAGAACCCUAGUCACAAUAAUUAUUAGCUCUAACAUAAUAGGCUAAAAAAAAAAAAUGAGAUACCAUGCUUUUCGAUUCAUAUCUAAUUCAACCGAGGGCUUAGUCAGGCGAAACAGAUCAUGUGAAAACUGCAUCCUAGCGCAGACGGUCACACUCCAACCCUUCCAUCUCUGGCGACGUUAAAGUCAGCUAGUUCUCGGACAGGACGCGUUGCUUUGGUGUUAACGGUGAAGUUGACAGGAGGGUGUCGUCUUAGAGCGCUAGAUAGCACUUUGUCAUUGACCAGUAACCCGCCACCGACUCCCCUGCCACUGACAGCCCUGCGAGUUUGAGCGCCCACAUCCAUCCCGAGAUUGUUAUGGACGCCUUAACAGGCUAGGACAAUGUUCAAAAAUGUUUUUGGCUCAGGCUUUCUGGUAAGAACGGCUCAUGUGAUUCUGACAUGGGUCAUAACAUUGAUACUCUUCCUACAUGACACAGAGCUGAGGAAGCAGGAGGAGACCGGCCAGCUGGUCCAGCCUGUGAUCUUCGUCCUCCUGGUGCUGGUGUCUGUGUUGCUCUAUUUCGCUGUUUCUCUGAUGGACCCCGGCUUCAUCCUGUCCGAUGACAGCGAUUUGCAGUUCACGCUGGGAGUGACUGAGGAGCAGCAGGACAUGAUCCCCCCCACCACCAAAUCCCUGCGACAGCGCCGCUGUGGCCGCUGUCUGCUGCAGCAGCCAAUGAGAUCAAAGCACUGCCAGACAUGUCAGCACUGUGUCCGGCGUUACGACCAUCAUUGCCCCUGGAUCGAGAACUGUGUUGGUGAGAGGAACCACCGCUGGUUUGUGCUAUACCUGGCUGUCCAGCUACUGGUACUGCUGUGGGGAUUGCACAUAGCCUGGACGGGUUUCAGUUAUGCACCCGCCUGGCAGCUGUGGCUGCGUACCAACGGCAUGCUGCUGGCUGUGGUCGUGCUGGUGGCUCUGCUGUCGCUGAUCGUUUUGCUCCUGCUCGGCUCCCACCUCUACCUGGUCUCUCUCAACGCCACCACCUGGGAGUUCAUGUCGCGCCACCGCAUCUCCUACCUCAAACACUGUGGCGCAGAUGAAAACCCAUUUGACCGCGGCACCUUCCACAACCUUUGGGGUUUCUUCUGCGUGUGGGGCACAGUGGUGUGGGAGCAGGUGUACUUCAGGGAGGGUAGUGACCAAGUCUAGGAACAUAUCACAAGCAUUAACAGACUGAAAAGACUAGAUUUCACUUAUGAACAACCUUUCUGGAAUCGGGGAUCACACACUUAACCACAAUGUUAGGGGAUAAACGAUCCUCGUGUGCAGAUUACCUUUAUAUAGGCACUAUCAACUCUGCCAAAUUUCCCAUCUCCUUGAACAUCUCUCCUCUCAGUAGCUCAGUACUGCAGUGGAUCGCUUGCUUGUGUCGUCUUGCUAUGUUGUUGCAUUCCAAAUUUUUCUACAUUUCCAGUAUUUUUUUUCCUCUUCUCCCCAAGGCAUGGCUGUCAACAGAAUAAAAAAUAGUCUUGUGUUUCCUCAGAAUGUGAUAUCUGCUCCUAGUUAACAUCUCUUUGGACAAUGGGUUACCAGCACUGCAGCCAUUCCACCUUAUUCUAACAAUUGUUUACAGCCAUUCAAGCAUACCAUUUCCCCAAAACAGGCAGUUGUAAGAAGUGUUUUAAGGUUUUGGAUGAACGUAUCCAUAAAGUCCUGUUGACCCAAGCAUUGUUUAUUGCAUCAACAUUUGAGUAAAAAAUAUGUUUUAGGGGCAUGUGUAGACAAUCCAGAUCUAAGGAGUCAGAUCCCAAUGGACAAGGUGGAGAAUUUUUAUAAAAACUGGUUUGUCGUCUUUAGUGUAGUUUCAUGCGAUUGCUAGAAACUAUUGUUUCUAGCAUUUAAUCCAACCAUGGUGUACAGGAUGCUUUGACUUUCAAUGGACAGAAUUUCAAGCUAUUUUAUAUUGUAUCUAAUUUUUAAACUGUUUUAAAUCAGAAAAUGUCUUUAGAAUUUUGUAUAAGUGUUUUACUAGAGUAACUAAAAGGAUACUGCGGAGCAGGAGCUGAGUUUAAGUAGAAGGGUUUGAGUGCAAUACUUUUGUGGUCUCUCCAUUUGAGCAUUUCCUUGUGCAAUACUAUCCUUGUGAGACAGCAAUAAAUGUUAAUUUAAUGUACAGCAGUAGAAUUGGACAAAAUUCAGAUUGCCUCUAAUAAUAAGACUCAUUGUUAGCUGGAGCUCUGGUUCAUAUGAAUUAACAUUUAAUUCAUGUCAUACUGCUGAAUUAUAUGCAAUACUGUCAUGCAAUGUUUUAUACUACUUUGAAAAAUA